CUUCACAUCAUGGAAUACGAUGCUCAAACUGAACCAUCAAGACCAGAAUGACCCCGUAGAGAGAUCUCUGCAGAGACUAGAGGAGAUAUUUAAAUUUUGGGGGGCUAAAUUGGAGGCACGAGCAGCAGCAUCUCAGCUACAAAAGGUGAAGGUCAGAGAA